CCCAGCCUGUUGGCUGAUCUGCGGAAGUUUGUUCUGGUCUCUCUGUGGGAAGGGAAACACUGCAGUGAGAAGUCAUUUCUAACUGUACCUGACCUGAAAAUGGAGAAAUCAAACUUCCUCCUUUUGCUUAUUCUUUCCUUUGGAUAUCUGUUUCACCCAGCAAAUGCUGUCUUUAUGGAGAAACUGGCCGACCGAAAAAUAUGUGCUGACAAGUACUGCUCAUAUGUCAUCUCAGCAGCCCAAGCUCUUGAGGACUACAUUGCUUCUGACUGUCGAUUCAUCAACCUGAAGAAAGGCCAGAUGAUAUAUGUUUAUUCUAAACUAAAGCCAGUAGAUGGUGCCGGAGUCUUCUGGUCUGGGAAUGUUUAUGGUGAGCGCUAUGUGGACCAGAUGGGUAUCAUUGGCUACUUCCCCAGUAACCAUGUUAAUGAGACACAAAUUUUCAUGAAGAAAACCAUUGAGAUGGCCACAACAGAGAUGGACUUCUUCUGCAAUUAAAAAGGAGAGACUACGUUUGAUUAAAUUCUGGAUCCUGGAUUCUGGAUUUUUUUUCCACGUACUAAUUUCUUGCAUGCAUAAUAGCUCACUGAUCUUUUUUUUUUUUUUUUUUUUUCAAAAUAAGUCUAUUAUAUAAUUUUCCUUUCUUCAAAAUGUAAUCAAAAGCUGAUUAAUCUAUGAGAUGUGGAGCAUUACUUGCGGUAUUAUACACUAAACGACACUAUAAAAACUUAGAAAGCAUGAAUGGUACUGCUUAUGUCUCUUUCAGUGAGUGCAUGUGUUCCUGAGUGUAUGUGUAAUAGUUUUAUGCCUGUAUACGAUGGGACAUUGUGCUAUAAGACUUAGCCCAGCAGUUUUAAUAUCCCAACCAACCAUCAUGGCAAACAGUUCAUGCUAAUCUUAUGCAAAAAGAACCUUUGAUGAUUUAGUUCACCUGUCUGUGAAAUUGUCAGGUAAGGGAUUCUCCUGGAUAUGAAGGUUGCAGUGCUAACAUUUAUUACUAUUGCUAUUGGGCUGGUGUGCAGUGCUGAUUCAUUUCUCAGGGAUGUUUUUGUGCUGUGGAUAUUUGAUGGAGCUGAAUUGAAGGCAUUACCUUGAAUAGCUCUCUCUCUCUCUCUCUCUCUCUCUCUCUCUCUCUCUUUCCUAUAGGACUAUUAGUGGAUAUUACUAAAUUCAAUUUGCCAUCAUGAAUAGAGCUUUUGUUUCCUAGUGUCAAGCUGUUAAUUACUUAUUACCAUGGAGGAAAGCGUAACCUUAUUUUGAAAUUUUUAUGUGUUUGGAGAAUGUCAGCAGCGCUGAGUGGAUGCCACAGAGCAGAGGAAAAAAAUACUCGAAAUGUUAUCUUGUACAAAACAAAAACCUCAAUGUCAUUGUAGCACAUGGAGUGUUUAUGAAUCCAGCUGGACACAAAUGAACAUGAGAAGUGAUUUUAACAUUGGAGAUGUUCACAACAUUGUGCUGCUUAUCAGGGGUGUAACGCAAUGACAAUAUUUGUAUCUGUAUUUGUUUAGUGCUUCAAAUAUUUGAGUGGGCGUGGCCUAAACUAGAAGGUUUAAAAAACAAAUUAAUAUGAACCCUACAACUAUGCCCCAGUAACAAUUGAAAACACUGAAAAACACCCAGAGGUAGAAAUGGCAGCACUGUCAGCAUAGUGUGUGAAUUCUGGAUCUGACAGUUCCUCAACCUCAGCUACAUUGCUCCAGUUCAGAAUUAGUUGAAUGAAUUCUGUAAAUGCACCCACGUUAAUUAACGUAGUCUUUCUUUGCUUUGACGAGCUUCAUAUCUCACCACUUGUUCUUGCCCACAAGCGUCAUAUGAAAGUAAAAACCUCCUACUAGCAAGAUGUUUAUGUUACAUCCCAAUACCUUCUGGAAAAUAUAUAUAUAGUGCACAUCCUAUUCAUAUCUGUAUUUGUUUCUGUUUAGAAUACAUUAUCUGUUCAGAAUAAAUUAUUCCUAUUUGGUUACAUCCCUACUGCUUAUGGUCCAUCAAAGAGACUUAGAUCUUAGCAUUCCAGUGCAGUUUUAUCAUAACCUUGACGUCUGCUAUAAUUGCCCUUUCAGAACAAUGAAAACUGGUGGACAGCCAAUAAGCGGGAGCAUUGAAAUACUCAACAUUAAAAACAUUUGAUUGUGUUUGUUUAAACUGGUUGUAAUGCUGGCUGUUACUUGAUAACUGACAUAAACUGAUUCAUAGCUGCUGAUACUAACCCCAGAAAUGAUGAUAAUUUGAUCAAAUUAAAAAUAGUAUUGAACACAGGAUGCAGCGAAAGGAGAGAGUGAGAGAAAGAGAGAGAGAGGCAGAAUUUAACUGGAGCUGCAUGUCUGCCAGGAGAUCAUGUCCCAUAUAGUGAGGGAGGGGAGCCGCAGGGAAGUGUGUUAAUGCUCCAUCUGGCACCAAGGGCUGACCUUGAAGCAAUACAAAUUACUUAUGAAGAUCACAGGCAGAGUGAAGUUGUAGAAGACAUUUGACACUUUACCAGACUGCUAGUAAAGCUAGAAAAAGUUGCUUUAGGAAACAUGCCGUUUUACAAAUUAGUCUUUUUCAUGAAAGAUUUUAAUGACAAUCUACCUGAGAUCAAUGAGAUGCAAAGUUACACAGGUGUACGCUGGGCACCAACUGAAAUGUUACUACCAGAUACUGAAAAACUUGGUCCAUAUUUCCAAUUCUAACAGAUUAUUAAUUUUUUUUUUUGCAAAAUAAUAUAUAUACAGUAAGAAAAUAGGCAACAACUUCCG